UGGUAGGCUACUUCAUUCCUUUGCUAAAAUUGAAUAUUUUUAAUUAAACAUUAGUAUUACUUUAAUAAUGCUUCCGUCUCCCGUCUUUCAGUUUUGCUGAUUUUUGGCAUCACCACUGUCUGUGAGCCUGCAGCCUCCAAUAAUAACUGUCAUCGAAAAGACUGUAAUGGAACAUGGUAUGACAUCAAAGAGGCUACAUGCUGCGGAAACAGACUUUACCCUGGUGCAGGCCUGUCUUGUUGUGGAAAUGAGCCUUACAGUCCUGGAACAGCCACUUGUUGUAAACAGCACCACAGAUACACUGUCACAGCCAGUGUUACACAGGGUCUUAGUGAAAAGGUAUCGAGCUGCUGUGAACUGAAGGCUUACAACCCAGUGAAUGAAAUAUGUUGCCAGUCAGCCAUCAUAGCAAAACCUUCACCAAUGGCUGAGUGUUGUGGUAAAGAUGUUUUUGAUAAGGUCAAGCAGUUGUGUUGUGGUUCGCCUGAUAUUAAGAUGAUUCUGAUGAGGAAUUCCAGUCACCAUCAGUGCUGUGGUCACAGCCAGUAUGACACCGAGACUCAGUGCUGUUGUUCAAAUGAGGAGAAGAGGCUGGAGGUACAACCAAAGAUUUCAUCCUGCUGUCUCAGGGACUCCACUUCAGCUCAUUUAUGUGGAAAUGAGACCUAUGACAAAAACACACAACUAUGCUGUCAGUCAACUGUUAUUGACAAACGUUCACCGAAUCACAGAUGCUGUGACAAAAGGGCGUAUGAUGUGGAAAAGGAGCUGUGUUGUGGUCCGAUUAGUGAUAAGAAGAUCCUAACAAGGAACUCUCCAGAUCACAUGUGCUGUCAUCAGGGCCAGUUCAACAGCAAGACUGAAUGUUGCUGCUGGAAGGAUGAUGGUGCUGAGAUACAACCGAGGAAUUCAUCUUGCUGUAUGCAACAAGAGGCACCUGUGUUCCAACCCAACUGCACUGAACCAAACACACAUCUCUGUGGGUCAACAUGCUACAAUCCAAAAGAGCACCACUGCUGUGAAAGAAACCAAAAGCCUCACUGGUUCUGCACCUCAGGUCAAAGCAAGGCAACACCCACUGUAUAUAAUCCACACAUACAAGUCUGCUGUGAUGGAUGUAUGUCUACGUGGAAGCCUUGGAUGGAUCAGUGCUGUGGAGAGACACCAUAUGGCUCGGGACAACGCAGAGUUCUCUGUUGUAAUAACACCUUGUAUGAGGACAGAGACGAUGGAGAGGAAUGUUCUGGCACGGGUAUUCCUUACAAUCCGGCUAAAGGGACCAUAUGUUGUUCUCAGUUUCACGGCAGCCCAGGACAACACUGCUGUGGGACAGAAAUUUACCGGCCUGAUGUUGAGAUUUGCUGCAAUGGACACAGACAUCCCAAAUCAGAAAACAUUCACUGCUGUGGGGUCAAAGCCUACAACAUUAAAGACCCACAAAUGAAGUGCUGUGCAGGAAGUCUGUACAAUCUGACAUCAUUAGAUAAGCAUGGAGGGGACGCGCAGUGCUGCGGAUCCACUCUGCAAAAGCCACAGGACAUUUGCUGCUCAAGUGAGGACAAAGAGGUGAUCUACUCUGCCAAGACAGGGUUCAAAUGCUGUGGUCACCUCUAUUACAACACCGCCCUGUGGUCAUGCUGUGCUGGGAGGCUGAGAUCAAUCCAUGAACCAGGACAGGGUCGAAGAAAGAUGAUUAAUGAAUCCAAAGUCCUAUCUGUGAAUAAUCUGAACAAAACAGAUCUUUGCCAAAAAAUUUACAUUGGGACUGUGGAAAGUGUGUCUCAGCAGAGCGUUGUGUUUGGGAAUGUGCUGAAGGUUCAUGGUAUGAAGACCAAAGUGAAAGCUCUGCCUUUUCCUUACAUCCUGGAAACAGAUGAUCGCUGCAGCUCCCCUAAACUGAUUCUUGGGAAGACCUACUUCUUUAACAAAGUUAAUGUUUUCACUGACUUCAAUCAUGACUCUGUUCUUCAGUCACUCCAUGUCAUUAUUUGCAAAUGUUCACCUUAGGUCACCAUUGGUUGAUUUAUACAUGGGCAGUCCUGAUGAGUUACUCUAUUCUCUGACAAAGUACUCAUUUUGUAUUUUCAUUUUGUGC